GUAGUCAGAAGCGAACUUCACCGUAAGUAGUGUCAUCGAAACGUAAGUCUGGAUCAAAACUAUGGAUGUAUUAGUAAAAACAGUGGUUAUUGGAGCACUGGUGUUUAUUUUUUGGAAAUUUGUCGUCACUUUGUGGAAUUAUAUACAGCUGUGUAAGAAACUUGAGAAAAUUCCACAGAAACCGUCUCAUUGGUUAUUUGGUCAUAGCAGAGAGGUCAAAGACUCAAAGACUUACUUCGACUAUGUUAAGGAUGUUAUGAAAGGUGGUAGUAAAGUAUAUUGCAUAUGGAACGGCCCAUUUCCCCUUUUAGGGGUGUGUCAUCCAGAAACCUUUCAACAACUCAAUAAACAAGAAAUAAACAAAGCGCGCGGACUGACAGGUCCAUACAGAUUAAUUCAGCCGUGGAUAGGAGAAGGUCUGUUGGUGAGUGGAGAUAAAAAAUGGGAACGAAAUAGGAGACUUCUAACGCCAGCGUUCCAUUUUGAUAUCCUGUCUGGAUACCUGAAAGUGAUGAAUGACGUCACAGAUAUAUUUCUGGACAAGCUGGGGAAAGGGUUAGAGCAGAGCGAGUCGAUGGACAUAUUCCCUUAUGUUUGUAGAUCAACACUAGAUAUCAUGCUUCGAUGUUCCCUGUCUUACGACGGAAGCAUGUUGGAAAACGAAGAGCAUAGGUACAUCAAGGCAGUACAACAAUUGUCAACAUUAUUAUGGCAUCGAAUGACGACACCGCUUUUGCUUUUCGACUUUAUUUAUAACUUGUCUCCGGUUGGACGGGAGCAUAAACGUCUUUUAGAUGUGGUUCAUGAGUUCACAGCAGAUAUAAUUGCGACAAGACAAAAACUUCUGAAACAACAACCGGAUCUUACAAAACAUAAGAGGCGUCUUGAUUUCCUUGAUAUAUUGCUGACGGCAAAAGAUGAACAUGGACAUGGCUUAUCUCAACAAGAAAUACAAGAUGAAGUGGAUACAUUUACUUUUGAGGGACAUGACACCACCGGCUCGGCGAUUAGUUAUGCAAUCUAUGCACUUGGCCAGUACCCGGAAAUACAAGAACAAGUUUACCAGGAUAUACAGAAUAUUGCUGGCGAUGUCAAGGAAAUUUCACAACAUGAACUGAACCAAUUCAAAUACCUGCCGCUCUUCAUUAAGGAGGUGAUGAGGUUUUAUAGUCCGGUGCCAGUGGUUUCAAGGCAGAAUUCCAAACAGCUUGUUCUGGAUGGAAAGGUGAUACCUCCGGGAAUGAGAAUCGACAUUAAUAUUCUGGCCAUACACCACAAUACAGAUAUCUGGAAAUGCCCGGAGAAGUUUGAUCCGAGUAGAUUUGACAGGGAGCACCGUGAUGAAACAGACAUAUACGGAUUUAUUCCAUUUUCUGCGGGAUCAAGAAAUUGUAUUGGCCAAGUAUUUGCUACAAAUGAGAUCAAAAUAACGCUCGCAAAACUGGUGAAAAGGUACAUUGUGUUACCAGUGAAGGACCAUAAACCCGAGUAUCAACCGGAUGUAGUAAUGAGGUCAUUAAAUGGACUUCCGGUUAUAUUAAAACGAAGAUAAUUGGAAGUUAGCGACCGGAGCAUGUGCAUAAAUGUGCAAGACAAUCAAGAGAAUAAUAGUUAACAGAAUGCAAUAUGUACGCUAAAUGGCUCUUUGAAAACAAUAAAAAGAUGGCUUUUAAAUCA